AUGUUGAUGUUGGAUCCGUAUUACCGCACAGUACGUGGAUUUGAAGUUUUGGUAGAGAAGGAAUGGUGUUCAUUCGGUCAUAAAUUUGCGCAGCGCACUGGUGGACCUGCAGACGGCGGUAUUUACUUACCUCCCAAUAUAUCAACUACAGUCACUAAUGACUCCACUACAGAACGACCCUCUAGUGUUGAAGAGCGUUCUCCAGUAUUCCUACAAUUCAUUGACUGUGUAUGGCAAACAAUGCAGCAAUUCCCCCACUCAUUUGAAUUCAAUGAACGAUUUCUUAUAACCAUCAUGGAUGAAUUAUAUGCUGCACGAUUUGGAACGUUUCUAUUUAAUUCAGAAAUGCAAGGACGUGACCAUGGUGUACGUGAAAGAACUAUUUCUUUAUGGGCAUUUAUCAACUCCGAUAUCAAAUCGUACCAAAAUCCACUGUAUACUCCAGCUGAAAUCAGUGGUCAUCGUGUGAUUUUCCCUCAGCAUGCCUUAGCUCAACUUCAGUUUUGGACAGGAUAUUAUGUCAGAUGGCAUCCACUCAUGCGUUCACAAGAGCCCAUAGCACGUCAAGAAAGAGCACUUAUACUAAUCAUGAGGCGCUUCAGAGAGCUUACAGCUGCUACACAACGCGAAAUCACUAAACCAACCCCAAAUACCAGCAAAUCUGACAACCUAACCCUCAGUAGAUCUCGUUCAACUAGUUCGAAGUUGUGA